GCCUCAGUUUGAAUCGUGUUCUUGCGGCCGACUUGGCGUACCGCUGUAAGCUCAAAUCCGAUGUCAGCCUCGGUGGUUGACAUCAAACUACGAUUCAAGUAUAUCUACAUUGCAUGUUCUCCCAUGACUGACAUUCCGCUUUCCAUCUACUACGUUUUCACUAUGUUGUCCUGCACGUUCGUAACGUUGUUUUUCCUUCCACUCCUUACCCUUUCCGCUCCUUCCAUCCAGUUCCCUUCUAGCUUUGGAAACAACUUACAACUGGCAAACGUACCAACCCAUCCCGAGGUCGAACGCAGCCCCGCUGACGUGCCAGGGUCAUAUGUAAUGACCUAUUUUGUUGACUGGGCACCCCGGGACAACAUGAACUACGCCCUAUUCGACUUCAUCGACUUUGCGUUUGCUCUCCCAGACGCAGAGUUCAAGCUGAUCUUUGAUUCGGAUAAUGCGCCUGCCAUGCUCCGGAAGCUCGUGAAGGAAGCACAUGGCGCGAAUACCAUGGUCAAGCUUAGUAUUGGGGGAUGGACAGGCAGCCAGUAUUUCUCGCAAGCCGUGUCCAAUGCUGCUAAUAGGAAGAUCUUUGUCGACAACAUCCGCGCCACCUACGAUGAAUAUGACCUCGAUGGUAUCGACAUCGAUUGGGAGUACCCCGGACAAACAGGCAGACCAGGCAACUCCGAAAGUCCGAGCGACGAAGAGAACAUGCUCGCGUUCCUUCAGCUUCUUAGGCAGUCGCUCCCCCCGGGUGCCAAAAUGUCAGCAGCCGUUCAGGACACUCCCUUCGCCGGCCCCAACGGUCAACCUAUCACAGACGCGUCUGAGUUCGCAAAGUGCCUUGAUUGGAUCUUGCUCAUGAAUUACGACGAUUUUCAAGCUGCAAAUCCCCCUGGUCCGAACGCGCCCUUGUACGAUGGGUGUGGUCAAUCCACUCAGCCCUCCCAGAACGCAGCAGCCGGAUACAACGCCUGGACAUCAGCAGGUUUCCCCGCGAACAAGAUGGUUCUUGGCAUCCCAGGGUACGGCUACGUCACCAAUACCGGUGCAGACCACCUUCGACAACGCUCUCCCGAAGCCCCGCGUCUCCACCGCCUCGCCAGGCGCACUACCGUUAAUUCUGACGACGACCAUCAAGUCCAGUUCCGAGAUCUCGUGUCAAAGGGCAUUUUGCAGCGCAACGACGACGGAACGUACAGCGCCGUGCCCUCGAGCGGCUUCACGCGUUCCUGGGACAAGUGUUCUGCGACACCUUUCUUGCAUUCGAACACGCAGACCAUUCCGUACGACGAUCCUGAAUCGCUCGGUAUGAAAGGCGCUUUUGCAAAAAAGACGGGCAUGCUUGGUGUUAACAUGUUUGAUGUGCAUGGGGAGACGGACCAGUGGGACCUCAUCACGGCGACGCGGAAUACUUUUCUCGGCCCUCCAUCUACUCCGGCAUCUGAUCCUGCUUCCUCUUUGUCACCCCCAGGUUCGCCGUCUACAACAACAUCUGAUCAUGAUCCCUCUUUGUCAUCCCCAGCUUCGCCGUCUGAACCAGCAAUGCCCGGGGAUCAGCAGCAGGGACUGAUGGGACCCUUGGCAUGAACGUGAAAGCAUGAUUGAUGGCAGGUUAGGGAUGAUGUGGGCAGACCAGGCUGUGCGUGCGAUUGGGUUUCUAGGCAGGAUGGGCUCUCUAGGCUAGCGUUGAACCACGCUCGCUUUUUUCAUAUCGCCCGGGAGUUGACAUGUUCCAGUCGUGUGAGGUAUUAA